AUGAGACCUGUAUCAACUAAGUUGACUGUUAAGAAUGUAAUAAACGAAAUUUGUAAUGAACUUCAACAAGUCAGUCAACAAGAUAAUUCUGGUGGUGGUGGUGAAAGGGUUUUGUGGACAACUAUUCAUAGUAUCCAAGGGAAAUAUUUGAAUGUAAUAUGUGUUGUUUAUACAGGAGAUGUGGAUGUGACAAAGAAAGAAAUUUUAUCAAAAGUUUUAGAAAGAUUUAAUAUUGAAAUUAAAUCAGAAAUUGUUGAAUUUAUAUUUCUACACAAAAGAGAAUAUCCUAGAUUCACAUUAUUAGGUCAAAGCAUUGGUUCAAUGGUUCUUGGAUACGAGGCAUUAAAUAAACUUACCCCAGAUAUAUAUUUUGAUACAAUGGGUUAUGCAUUCACAUAUCCAAUUGCAAAAAAAUUAUUUGGAUGUAAAGUUUUGGCCUAUGUACAUUAUCCAACUAUAAGUUCAGACAUGCUUACUAAGGUGCAAGAAAGAAGACCUGGAUUUAAUAACGAUAAAAUAAUAGCUAAAAGUAGAAUAUUUAGCGAGGCAAAAUUAUUAUAUUAUAAAAUUUUUGCAUAUCUUUAUUCAUUAUCUGGUUCAUAUGCAGAUAUAGUUAUGGUCAAUUCCACUUGGACAAAAGGUCACAUAGAUCAACUUUGGGGCGUUAAUGGCAAUAUAAUUUAUCCACCAUGUGAUACGGAUUCUUUAUCUAAAUUACCUUUGGAUGGAAGAGAAAGAAUUAUAGUCAGCAUUGCACAAUUUAGACCAGAAAAAGAUCAUGAACUUCAGUUAAAAUCAUUGCAUUGUUUACUAAGAGAUCAUCAAGAUUUUCGUGAAGGUUCAGGAAAAGUAAAGCUUGUAUUAAUUGGUAGUAGUCGUAAUUUAGCUGAUGAAUCAAGAAUAGAAGCAUUAAAGGAAAAAGAAAAUGUUAAAUUUGAGGUGAAUGCUGAUUUCAAUACACUUGUAGAUUGGUUGUCAAAAGCUAAAGUUGGACUACAUACAAUGUGGAAUGAACAUUUUGGAAUUGGUGGCCCUAAGAUGGAUAUUGUCAUUCCGUAUAAUGAUAAAACAACAGGUGGAUUUCUUGCAAAUAAUGAAGAAAAUUUUGCAAAAGAGCUUUACAAAGUAUUUUCUUUAUCAGAGUUUGAAUAUAACAAUAUACAAAUUAAUGCUAGAGAGUGUGCAGUAAAAAAAUUUUCUGAACAAAUAUUUGAAAACUCAAUUUUAACUAUAUUAAAACCUAUCUUGGACCACUGA